AUGCGUCUUUCCUGGCUUGAGUGUUUAUUGGUCAUCGGCUUGGUUGGUCUUUAUCAAUCUGGAUCGAGUAAAGGUUGGUAGUUGGUAUAUGAUAUAUUUGCACGUUUGGUUUGUUCUAAAUACCUCAAUUGAACUAUUGAAGUGAACCGAUCCUCAGCAAAUUAGCGCUGAGUUGAAGCGCCUCGACUGUGUCAUUGAAGCAAUUCCGCUUCAUUUAUCCAAGCUAGGGCAACAUUAAUUCAUAAAUUGGACUAUCCAAAUUAAGAGCUGGGACUUUUAGAGAAAAAGGUAGUUCUUAGUAAAGCAUUUAAAACCGCCAGCUACAGCACUAACCUAUAUGCAGCUCGGUCAAUUAAUCUCGGCAAGUGGUACGAAGUCUAAGGUACUAAUUAUCAUGACGUUAAAUUGACGGCACAACUUUGUCUCUCUUGUUGAACCCAAUUAGUACCUUUUUUAUCAACUUGAACUUUAAUCCGAACUGACAAUCAUAUGAUGGCAUCACGACAACUGGGUCGGUUACAUGUUUAUUAUAACUCACAACGUGAAACUUGUUAUACACUUAUAACAGAAUGCGCAUUUGGAAAACCUACUGCUCUAAAUGCCGUUCUUUCAACUAAAGCUGUUGCUCAUAAUCUAAACUAUUAAUUUUUAUAAAUAGUGUUCUAAUAUGUCUACUUAUUGUAUUGUAUCAGGUUGGUCAGACUUCACAUGGGAUUUAUGUCUUGUUGACCAUAUACCUUCAAUCAUUGUUAUAAUUUUUGUAUGUUUGUAAAGUUGAUAAAUAAGUAAUAAAUACUACAAAUGCUCGUACAAGAAAAGCAUCUCCAAAGUCCAAAAAUUUAGCAAUUAAGCACGCUGUUGCUUCACUCAUGCGAAAAGUCGUGCAUAUUUGAGUAGGACCCAACACGACACCGAAAUCAGCCUGAAAUUAAAACUGGAAUUUACCUUUGCAUGGAGUCAAUGCAACAAGAUAUAUAUUAUUUUGAAAACUUUUAAGAUUAAUAAGGAAUCGCACUAUUUAAUUUACCAUUUCGUUCAUUUGUGAGAUUGUGAGAUGUUGUUCAAAAUAUAUGUCUUAUUGACUAUUUUUUUCCGGAUAAGCGGUUGUUGAUAAAAAAAGUUAUCAAAUAACUCUCAUGUAACCAAUUACCAAGUCACCCUACCUCCAUGCAAACAGCCCAUAGUACAGUAUGAAUUCUCUGUAUGAUUCCUCAUAGAGCCGGUCCCGACAUCUACAGCGAAGUAUAUUGCGCUGCUUGCCACAUACGGCAGGAGGGCAAGUGGCGCUAUUUUAUAUCAAGCGGCCGAAAAUGGACCACGAUUGUCGAUCUAUAUCUGUAUAUCUAAAUAGAGUCUUAGAGAAAGAGAGUUCUAUUUUCCACAAUGUGAACUUUAGUCGGAUUGGAAUUUAUAACUUAUGGAAGGAAACUGUCCUCUCCCAAACAAAAUAUGGAAUUCAAAAUCAAGGUAUUCGGGCAAAUUAUUCAUGCACAUGUAUAGUCACGAAAACUUGAAAUUUGAAAAUUGAAUCUUGACUUCCUUAUUUGUGUUUAUCACAGAAGAUAUCUGAGAAAACCGUCUGUCUGACUCUUUUCACAUGAGUCCGUAGCCAGCCCGACGAUUUAGUCCCCGCUAUGCAAAUAUUUUCGUGUUCAUUGACUGUGAAAACAAUCAAUUUCUAAAGAAAUGAAUAAUGAUAAUAAUUUAGAAUUUGCAUAGCGGGACUAAAUUGUCGGCUGACUACGCCACUGGUCCUUACUGAGAAUUGAAGAAUUGAAAUAAAGGAAUUAUACUAAAUCUGUUCGUACGCAUCUUGGGAAGAUCAUAUUUUCUGUUUGUUCUGAAAUUAAUUACCAUUGAAUUUUUUGGAGGCAUUAGUUCCUUUAACUUGUCGUCUUGUGCAUGAUCAUUAUUUGCUUCGACUGAUGAAAAUAGUUUUAUACACACCUUUUCUCUUGGUUUGAUAUCAACUUAAGGCCAUGUUACACGGUGCAAUUUUUCUUGCAACUUGCAAUGCAAUUCUACUCUUGAGAGAUGUUAAUCAGUGAAAUCAGUGAAGAAUUUUCAAUAUGUUGAGAAAACAUCAGCGGAGUGUAAUGACGACUCAUAUUUGGCAAUUUUACAUGUCUCAAGAGUAGAAUUGCAUUGCAAGUUGCAAAAAAAUUGCACCGUGUAACAUGGCCUUUAGGAACCAGGCUUUCGUCCAGCUAGUGUGGGUUACACCCAUCAAUUACACCAGUGGGUUACACAGCGAAGCUAAGAAACCAGGCUCUAGAUCUCUUCCGCGUGCAGCUUGCUUUAGUUAGGUAUGAAUAACUUUUCAUGCGGAUAACCGCUGAAAUACAUGCGGGCGUAUGUCCUGAAUUUCUGGCCAUGUUCAGAAUUUGAAAUCACCAUUAAAACGUUGUUGUUGUUAUAUCCCCAGACUAAAUGAUGAGUUUAUGAGUUAUACAGUAACGAGUUCCUCCUGAACAGUCCUUAACAAUAAUUUGUCGUAAACGCUUUAAUAACUUUAACAUAUAUGGUCCGUCCAAUCGUCCAUGUUAAAUUUUCAUAAAUCGUAAUACCAGAAUACUUGGCCGUAUUGGGUUAUUUGAUGUCCAUGCAUGUUUUGUCACCUUGAUACUACCACAUGGCUUACGUUUGCGCAUAGUUAAUAGAAAAGAUGGUUUGGAAACUUAUUAGCAUUACAAUAAACCUCACUAUCUAUGUUUUUGUUCAGGUUUAUGCAAAAUGUGGUCUUUCAUCGUCACGUGCGUAUUGUAUUUUUGCUCAACCAGCCAAUAGCAACGGUUUUGUCUAAUUGCCCAUCCAUGACUUUAACAAUAGGACAUUUUGAACAUUCCUAUUGGUUGACUUGAGAAAAAUACAAUACGCACGUGACGAUGAAAGACCACAUUUUUGCAUAAACCUGAACAACAUAGAUAAUGAGGUUUAUUGUGAUUUUAUUGUAAUGCUAACGAGUUUCCAAACCAUUUCCUCUAUUAACCAUGGUUUGCGUGAGCUACUAAUCUAAACAAAUGUUUACCUUUCAACGUUAAAUCAGUUAAUUGAUCAUUGUUAUACCAAGUAGGUAAGAGUUCAAAAUGUCUUAAUCCAUGUUUCGAAACCGCCUGCCCCCAUCCGCACCCCACCCUCCCCUUCCUCCCUCCACAGGAAUUUUGGGGAAAAUACAAGAUUUUGAGUCAGGCAAUACACUCUUUCGAUAAUUACAUCAUUUGGCCUGGGAGCCUCGCUCUCGUGAGCCAAUCAUCUUGCGUAAUUUACUAAUGAGAGCCUUUUUAGGUCAUUUGUAAUAGGCCAAACUAUCAUGCAAGUUAAGGAAUCAUAAAAAACGUGUUCGUUUUGGUUAUAUUUCUAGGAUUCACAAUAACGAUUAGAUUGAAGGAAGAUGUUGUGCUUAAGAUAAAAUUGGUGGGAAAGAAACAGAAUGGAACAGUCACAGAUAUCAAUCUACCUUACACUGACCAGGAACAAUGGUUGAAACUUCGCAAUAAUAUGAUUGGCAACAGCUCCGAUGAAAAUAUAGACAACACAACUUCAUUGUUUGAUCGUAUUGUUGUCGUCAAUGCAUUUGCAAGAUGUGAGUAUGGUAAAAUACUAUAAGUGCAAAAUCUAGUGUAGUUUUAUUCUUUGGAAGAUUUUUUUAAAUUUAUGCAUAGUAAAAUCAUGAACAGCCCCUCCCCACAAUAACUUGUAAACUAGUAAUAAUUUGUAACGUUUGAGAGGGUAAUAAUAACCUAAUAAUCGUCCCUGACUAAUCAGCCCCCCCCCCAAUACAAAAUUGCUUCCUACAGUAGUGGAUAUCCUUGACAUUUUAUGGUACCAAUUCGAUUACUGAUUUGAUGUUGUCCGAGAAAUUCUUCCAAGUUCCUCACUUAUAAAUACCUUUCUAUUCUUCUUUACCGCGUUAAUCUGUGAUAAUAGAGAGGUUAAGAUACCCCGAUUCCGGUUUACGGGUACGGGUGAUAUACACGUACCCGUACCCGUAAAUCGGGGAAUAACUUGUAACUUAAGAAAUCCAAGAUACUCCGGCGUGAGAAAACCGAUCAGAGAAUGGCAACUUUCGCUGUUGAGGUUCGCCAUAAAUUGUUGAAAACUUUGACCAGCAUAUGUGCAUUAUUUAUUGGGGUAAGAUGUUGAAAAUUUGUACUAUUUAAACGGCCCAAAAAGAGUAAACAGAAACCACCCGUACCCGUUUGUCGUUUACGUGUAGACCCCGGUUUACCGCGGGAAAACGGGUAGAAAUUACGAGUAAAAUUGCUGACAUCAGCAAAAAUUGGUAAACAAAAUGGCGAUACUCGUACCCGUAAACCGGAACCGGGGUAUCUUAACCUCUCUAUUAUCAGCCCCUCGACGACUCUGAUCGUUUGUUUAUAACCAUAUUAACUGUUUAAGCUAGGUUCACACUGGUUGUAAUUAAUUGUAUUCUUUUCCGACAGACAAAGCAUUUUACACACCAAUGACUACAGACAAUGGAAAUCCCGGAUUCUUACGACCAGUGUGAACCAGGCAUUAAUAUUAACCGAUAAACGUUUGUUUAUAUUAACCAAUUAACAACUCAGAUGCCUAGCUACUAUUGUUCUAGUUUACAGAAACAUCAAGAAUAGAACAAAGGUGACUAUUCCUUAGAAAGUUAGGAUUAUCUACUGACUACAUGCAUGAGUGAAUAGCUCGUAUACAUGAUUCUAAUACUAAUCAUUAUAUGAUUCUGUAAACUAAAACAAUAUCAACUAGGCAUGUGAGUUAUCUGUGAAUUAAGUAGCACGGCUGUAGCAAGGACAAAACAAAGUAACACCCUAUCCUGAGCAUCUCUUCUCACGGGUUUAGUGCCCUCGGCCAAGGUAUCUUUUCUAAAUAAUAUACAAUAUCUUUCCAUCUCAUGAUCAUGCUCUUUUUCUAAAUUGUAAGUGUUUGCCGUCCUUGCAUUGAAAAUAUCCAUGCCUUGAUGCUCACUUGACUGGAUGGGUAUUUUCUCUACUACCAAUUCAACGUACCUGUCAAACACAUUCUCGCUUCACCGUUAUCUUUUUUCCUAUCGCAACAAUGUCAGCUUCAGCUCUGAUAUCCAGCUGCUGCUCUAUAUCCUGCAGGAGGGACAUUGAAACAGAGCAAUGAAAAAAGCCGAAAUUGAGGCUUGCUUUUUGAGCACUAUUUAUCAUUUAUAGACCGUCCGCUCGGGGGAUUCGGCGAAAUAUUACCCGAAAUGAUGAUAUUCGGCGAAAUAUUACCCGAAGUGAUGAUAUCAUCACUUUGGGUAAUAUUUCACCGAAUCCCCCGAGCGGGGGGUCUAUAAAUGAUCUAUUAUACCGAAAAUUAAAAGUCUUGAGAUCAAAUUGAGAUUAUAAAACUUGGCAACUUGCCACAUAUACCUUCGUGAAUACGAUGACGAUGUUUCAUUUCUUAUUAACACAAGUAUUUGUCACUUUUAUUUCGAAUCACAUAUCAUUUGGAAUAUUAUUGAUAACAUUUUCAAAAAAUUGCUUCAUAAUUAAAAAAACAACUUUCUUUGAAGUUUGAAAACUUAAUAAUUCACCACUCCGUAAUAUCCUUGGUAUAUUUUGUCGGCCGGCCAUCAAAUCACCUGUACAUGUGAUAUGAUUGAAAUCACCCGCUACGUCAAAUACGAUGACGUAAGGCGUGAUUCGAUGACAAAUUUCAUACUCACGUGGCACAAACGUAGCUUUCUGAUUGGACACUUUGAAUUUGAGGUAUAGUAUAGACGGAUAUCCCACGCCUGGGCAGGACUGAUCUGAUUUCUGAACGUACCAUAGAUUUACUAGAUUAAAACAUGAAGCGCAGUUGCAUAGACAUAGUACUUUUAUUAACUGCUUAGUGUUUAAACAAUUUUUCCGUAUCAUUCCAGCGAAAGCAAGCGAUGACAAAUUUAUAUAUCAAGGCGACAUUUUAAUGAGUGUUAAUAGUUUCCAACCUCCUGAUCAGCAGACGAGAAAAAAGAGAGCUGUUAUUGCUUUUGAAUACUUUCGUUGGAACGUUGAUCAAGGUGUUCCUUAUAAACUACAUGAAUCCUUAGAUGGUGAGUUCCUUUUCAAUCAAUGCAACCCUAUCACAACGUUGAGUACCUCCAAAACGAACAAACUAAAAUAAUACUCUAUCGCAGCGGAAAUCAAACUGCAUGACGUACGGAUCAAGUCAUGUUGAUUCGAUUAGGUCCUGCAAGUUCGAUUUCCACCACAAACAAUUUUGAGCUCACCCACCCAACCUGGUGCCCCAGGCUGGUGAGUCACUCCAAGUAGCGUCAUCUAGAAUGUAAUUAUUUUACCUAAUUCCGAUCCACAAUCAUUCGACGUGCAACUUUAUUUUUUAUCUCAGAGAAAUUCUAAAGAUAUUGAACAAUAAAAUGGAACUUUGGCAUUUAACAAACUAUAAGGAGCAUCCAGUCACGAAUCACGAUUCAAUGAAUUAUGAAUUACGAAAUUACUCAGCCAAUGUCUUUAUACCUGUUUUUCAGUAUACUCAGUGUUGUCAGUGUUUUAUAUUCCGCCGUAAUGGACAUACUAUAGCCAGAUCUACUAGAAUGUUAUAAGAGCAACCUAAAAGUGCACCUAACCUCAAUUCUUCUAACAUCUCAUUCCCAAGAACCUUUGAAAUGAUCUUGUAUAUAACUUAUUUUGAAGAUUUUCGUUUGCACACUUUGUCUCGGCCGAGUUAUUUCAGUUUAUUGAUAUGCAAAUGUCCGCAAUUUGCGUCACAUACGAAUAAUGACUGAUCAUGCAAGAAUGCAAGGUACAGUUAAAUAACUAUACUUAAUUCAUGAUUGAGUCGGUUUUCUUUGAUGUAUAGACUUGCCCCAAGUCUCUCUUUCAUUGUCAUAUAGUAUCGAUCCACUAUAGUGUACAUUACAUGACGUAGCACGGAGAGAGAAAGAGAGACUUGUCAACUUCGGAAAAUCUCGGUUCAAAACUGAACCGAAAAUGCAAGACUUGCUUUAAUUGUUUUCUGUCAGUGCUUAUAUAUAUAUUUUUUUUAUUUAAUGAUUUGCCCAUGUGAUAUACCAUUAUGUUACAUAAAAAGUAAGUAAAAUAAAGUAGAAACAUUUGGGCUAGGAGUCUAUAGAAACCUUGAACAGGCUUUUGAUUUAGACCCCUAGUUUAAAGUCUUGGUGCUAAUAUAUAUAGUUAAAUUGUCAUCGGUUCUAAGUAUUUACAAAAAGUGAGGUUAUGUUACAUUCAAUAUUUGUAGGAGAGUAUUUACUUUUAUUAAUUUAAAUGAGAAGCUUGAGUUAAAUAUCUAUUUACAUGAAGAGAAAUUACAGUUAAAGUGAUUUAUAAGAUUAAUUACAUAGAAAGUGUAUUUUGGAUUUUUUCUUAAAAAUGGGACGUGAUGUUAUUAUUUUUAAAUUACUGUCAAGAUUAUUCCAAACGUCCACCCCUUUCACUGAAAGCGAGUGCUUGACGUAGUUAGUUCUCUGAUAAGACUUAUGAAGUUUAGUUGAGUUUCGAGUGUUGUAUUGGUGAAUUUGGUUAUUUGAAAUAAAAAAGUUUGUGAAAGUUUUUGGCAAGUUCUUUAAAUGAUGAUAUCGGAACAUGAAAAGACUUGUAAGGUAGUUAUUUAACUUACUGAGAUUCAAGAUCUGUAUGUCAAUAAAUAUUUUUUCAGUGUGAGAAAAAUUGGACUGAAAUGUCAGAAGACGAAUUACUUUCUUUUGAAUAUUUGUUAACUUUUGAAUUCUUGUUUUGUAUGUGUUACUCCAUAUUAGAUUGCCAUAGAUUAGAUAUGGAUAGACUAAAGCAUAGUAUAUUAGUUUUAAAGUAUUCAAAUUUGUAAAAUGACGAAUUUUUGCAAUAAUUCCUGCAGAUUUUAUAAUUUUCUUUGCAACGGAAUCGAUAUGAUCGUUCCAUGAUAAACAUUCAUCAAUAACUACUCCUAAAAAGGUUGUACUUUUGACUUGUUUGAUAUCGUCGUUAUUGAUGAACAACUUUACUACGUGUUUCUUUUUCUUUUUUGAGGAUCGAAAUAAAAUAAAUUUGGUUUUUGAUGUGUUGAUAGAUAGUUUGUUUGUGUUUAGCCAUUCGGCUAUUUUGUCCACUUCUGUCUGAAGAGUUUCAUUUAGUGUUUUGAGGCAUGAGUGACUGUAAAAUAUAUUUGUAUCAUCAGCAAACAAUAGCAUUGAUGCUAUAUCACUACAGUUUUGAAUAUCGUUUAUAUAGAGGAUAAAAAGUAGCGGACCCAAUAUUGAACCUUGCGGGACCCCAGUUUGUACUAUCAUUUCGUUUGACAUUAUUUGUUUAUAUUUUACAAUUUGUUUCCUGUUUGUAAGAUAAUUUUCAAACCAAAGUCUUGCUAUGCCACGAAUUCCGUAAUAUUCUAAUUUACUGAUCAGAAUCUUGUGAUCAAUGGUGUCAAAUGCUUUUGACAAAUCUAAGAAAAUACCUAUGGUGUAUUUUCCGUGAUCGAUUUCUUUUGUAAUUUUAUUAACAAGUUCGAUUAUUGCAAGUUCAGUUGAUCUGUUUUUUCUGAAUCCAUAUUGAUGGUCAGAUAAAAUAUUAUUUUUUCCAACGUAAUUUAUUAGUCGUUUGUACAUUAAUUUUUCAAGUAUUUUAGCGAAACAAGUUAGAACUGAUAUUGGUCUAUAGUUUUCAAAUUUAUUUUCUUCAUUUGAUUUAAAUACUGGUGUUACCAGGGAAGUUUUAAUCUGUUCAGGAAUAAUACCUGUAGUAAAUGUCAGAUUAAAUAUAUGUGCAAGUGGUUUUGAUACUUCCUUACUUACUUGUUUAAUCGUUCUAGCACUCAGACCAUCAUACCCUGGGCUUUUAUUCGAGUUCAAAUUGUUUAUUUCACUUUGUACCUCAAAUUCUGUUAUCGGAUCAAGAAACAUGCUGUUUAGAUAAUUAUGAGUCAGAUAUUUGCUAAAAUUUGUUUUGGAUGUAUUUGUAAUUUUCUUUGCUAGGUUAGGUCCUAUAUUGACGAAGUAGUUAUUAAAUUUAUUUGCAAUUUCAAACUGAUCUUUAAUAGUAUUUGUUGUAUUCAUAUCAGUAAAUUCUUUUGGAAGUUCUUUUUUAUUUGUUUUUCUACUUAGUAUCUCAUUUAUUGUUUUCCACAUCAUUUUUGAAUCAUGUUUAUAUGUAAUUAGUUCUUGUUCAUAAUAUUUCUUUUUGGACAAUCUAAUUACAUGAUUUAAUCGAUUUUUAUAUUUUUUAUACAAAUUCUCAUUUAUUUUAUUUGGAUCUGAUAAGUAUUUACUGUAUAAUUUAUUUUUCCUUUUGAUUGACUUUAAAACACACUUUGUCAUCCAGGGGCUUUUGUACUUGUUAAUCUUCUUAUUUACUUUCAUUCUUUUAAUUGGAAAAUGUUUAUCAUAACUAGCUGUGAAUAAUGUGGAAAAUUGGUUAAAGGACUCGUUUGGGUUAUUGCAAGAAAUCGUUCCUUCCCAACAUACAUUUUUAAUUUCAUCUGUAAAAAACCUAGAAUUAUUUUUAUUAUAUAUCCUUUUUGUAUAGUAUUUCUCUCCUGUGUCUUCAUUAGGCCUUAGGGUAUUCAAAAAAAGUUUGUGAAUUAUUGGUAGAUGGUCUGAAAUAUCACUAAAAAGAAUUCCAUUUAUGCUUGAAUCAAUGUUGUCAAUGUUAUUAGUAAAAAUAUUGUCUAUAAGUGUAGCAGUAUGGGAUGUUAUUCGAGUUGGUUUUGUUAUGAGUGGGUAAAAAGAAGAUGUAAAAAGUUGUUCUGUAAAUUUAUUGGCAAAAUCACAAGAUUCUGAUUUACGUAAGUCAAUAUUAAAAUCUCCCAUGAGAUAACAGAUCUUAUUCUCUUUAUCCACUUUGCUCAAAAUUUCAUUUAUAGCAUCUUGAAAUACUUCGAUCUUAUUAUUUGGUGGCCGAUAAAUUACUCCGACGAUAAUAUUUUUCCCAAUUUCAGUGGCUAUCUCUAUAAAAGUAGAUUCAAUGGUGUCUUCUAUGUUAACAUUGAGGUCUUUGCGUAAUUUAUGUUGUAAAUUUUCAGCAACGUAUAUACCUACUCCACCACCCUUUUUUCCACUUCUAUGCAUACUAAUGAAAUCAUAAACUUCCAAGUUAAAAUUUUUAUAGUUCUCAUCGCCUAGCCAUGUUUCUGUCAAACCAAUUAUCUUAAAAUUUUCCUUCGUAGAUUUAAUAAGUUGUUUAAACAUAUCAAAUUUGUUUGAGAUGCUUCUUAUAUUUAAACACAUGACUGAGAAUUGAUUUUGCUGAUUUGAAGGUUGUUUUAUAUUAAGACUUUCCGGUAUAUAGUAAUUACACGUUAGUCUGUUUGUGUCCAAGACAUGAUCUAAAUUCGCAUUACUAUCACACAAGGCUAUGUCGCUGUUGAAAUUAAACGGAUUAAAUUUGAGCUGAUUUAGUCUAUCCAUAUGUUCCUCUGACAAGUUACUUUUGCUUGCAUCUAAUACAUAUUCCUCGUUUGAAAGGGUUUGAAAUGGCAGAGUAUCAUUUAAACAAAUUUGGCAUAUGUCAAUAUUUUUAUUAGCAUAAUAUGUAUAUGAUGUAUAUAUGCAUAUAUGUAUUGAUCUAGCACAGUGUAAAUAACACGAGUUCCAUUAUAGUAAAUAUUACAGAAAGAAAUUGAAGGAAAACAAUUAAAGCAAGUCUUGCAUUUUCGGUUCAGUUUUGAACCGAGAUUUUCCGAAGUUGACAAGUCUCUCUUUCUCGCUUCGCCUCUCGGUACUACGUCAUGUAAUGUACACUAUAGUCGAUCGAUACUAUAUAUGACAAUAAAAGAGAGACUUGGAGCAAGUCUUUUUGAUGUACCGAGGUGAUUAUCUUUAAUAAUCACCUUGAAUAUUAAUUAGCUGAAAAGAUGAAGGAAAAUCGUCGUUCAAACUUCAAAGCAGACGAAACUUUGUUGAAAAACCUCCUCAACCAUGAACUAAAUAUGAUAAACACUUCGAAAGUUGGGAUUUAUGUCACAUAAUGCCCUCGGACGCUGCGCCUCCUCUGGUCAUUGUCUGACAUAAAUCCCUCCUUCUCAGUGUUUGUCGUAUACAUAAAAAGGCUAAAUGGUGUUUUACAUAGGUAUGUAAUCAUCCCACAACUCCAAACUUCAUUUUAAUGAUUGAACGCGAUAGUGAAUACGAUAUACAAGCUUUUACUUUAAGUCAUUAUGCAUCUGGGACGUAAAUUCCCGAUAUUUGCAUACCAAACAAACGUACUGAAAUAUCUCAGAAACAAAGCGAGCAAACGAAAAUCUUCAAAAUAAGUUAUUGUAUCAUUUCAGAAGUUCUUAAGAAUGCAAUGAUAAAAAGAAUUGAGAUUAGGUGCACUUUAAAUUUUAUUUGUACUCGUCGAAAUUAUAGACGCCAGUCGCCGCGUGAUCCUUAGUGCAAUGAGAGAAUGGGAGCAAUCUCUACCUUGCCUGAAAUGGCGAGUGAAAACUGAUGACGAUGUAGAUUUUGUUCACUUUUUCAAGGGAGACGGGUAAGUCAAGAAAAAUGUAUGUGAAUGUAGAAAUGUAUAAGAUUAAUGCCUUCGAUAAGAAUGAAAGCCGCUAAUUAUGUGAGCACGUUAUAAGAACAGCUGCAACAUGCGGUGUGGUCUGGAUUGGCUCCUUGCUACUGCUGACUUUACACAUGUUUCAGAACAAACAAUAUUUUUCAGAUGUUACUCUCAGGUUGGCCGUAAUGGUGGUGAACAGUCGUUAUCUAUAGGUAGAGGUUGUGAAGUGCAUGGUGUUGCUCUGCAUGAGAUGGGUGAGUAUCAUCAAAUAUUUCAUUCAAUCAACUAUCACAAAACUGAUUCAGAUUCAGUCCAUAAAACUCUGACAUACUGAGCGAAAUAAUAGAUUUACAAUCUAUUCUUCUAUUAUAGUAAUUUUUAUGCCGACCUCCCCUAUUAGCAGAUACCUCCUUCCAAUAACUCCCGCAAGCAUGCAGACGUGGACACCAAAACAAAAAUCCUAAAUAUCAUUAUAAUCUAUUGUUAGUGGACAUGCAGUUUACAUAUGGGGCCGAGGGUGUUCACUUACAGAAGGUUAAACUGCAAACUGCUUUAGAUUCAUGACAGUAAUGAGACGUAGAUCUAAAAAUGAUGUUUACAUGCUCACCCUAAUCGUGUGUUUCUUCUUAUCAGCUGGUAUAUAUAUAUAUAUAUAUAUAUAUAUAUAUAUAUAUAUAUAUAUAUAUAUAUAUAUAUAUAUAUAUAUAUAUAUAUAUAUAUUGGUCAUGCUCUAGGAAUAUUCCACGAACAAUCACGUCCGGACAGAGACAAUUACGUGAAUAUAAUCAAGGAAAAUGUUCUUGAAGGUAAUCAGUCGUAUAUAGUCUUGGUUGGAACUGCCUGAAAAAGAAUGAAAAUACUUUGAUGGUUUGAGCCUUCAUCGAUUACCAUAUGAUCAUUUUUUAUAAUGAGAAGAAAUACCAUAUUGCGUUUUUUCUUCCUAAGACCUUAAUCCCACUGUAUGGUAUAGACAUAUUGUUCAAGGUGUUUUUUACAUCUCCUUUUAUCCCUUUUAUCAUAUUUUCAUUGAAUCCCUUUUACUACGUCUCAUUUCUCCAGCCACCUCUUCAUCAUAACUUCUGUCUUCUGGUUUUUCUUCCACAAAGGCACUUCCUUUUCUUCACUGAUCAGGUCGUUGUCUUCUCUUCUUUUGACAUGUUAAUCUAAACCUCACCAUUUACGCUUCGAACUGGUUUGACAAUAACUUUAAAUUGAGUCCAAAUAUGACUUGAAUUCAACAACUCAUAUCUUGAGUUUAUGAGACGCUACUAAAUUUGAAGAAUAUUCUUGAAAAUAUCCGCUGGCAAAUUAUCUUAAGGAUUUCUCUGUAAUCUUUAAAAGAGGAGUGCGAGAGUAGCCAUUACCGGUUAUUGUACUGUAGUAUUACCUAAAUCUAUACCGGGUUUUCUUACUAACUUAGGUUUUGAGACACAGUUUGAGAAAUUUGGUGAAGACGUUAUCAACAGCUAUGACAUCGACUACGAUUAUUCUUCAAUCAUGCAUUACUCCGCGACUGCAUUUGCAAAGGAAAGAGGAUUGGUGACGAUAGAACCGCGGCCACAACGUGACGUGAAAUUUGGGCAACGUGAGCAUCUGAGUACAGGUGAUAUAAGACAAGCAAGAGCUAUGUACGGUUGUAAUGAAACAGAGUUUAUAGCGACAGAAGUCUCGACCCCAGCACAGACAACCCAGAAACCCACUACAACCGCACAAACAUCUCCUAGUGCAAAAAUAACGACAACGAAAGUCACCGAGGUAAGAUGAUUUGGGCAAACAAUAAACGUCUAUAAUACACCAAAUGAACUAUCCUGUAACAAAGAUAAUAGUGAUGGGUAAAACGAAAAAAUGACCUUCACUAGUAACCAACACUGUGCACUAGUUUAUGGAUGGGUUUUACUGCAUGUGUACUGUCGUGAAACUGUGGUCAACCGGCUUCAGCCUUAUCGAAAUAAAACGUGUAUAGUAUUGUUGUAUUUUGUAAUAAAUACAAAACAUAUGAGAAGCAUUUAGUAAUUUGGUUGUCUCUAUGUCAACACUUCACCUGUUGACCACCAUAUUAUGUCCUGUAACACUCCACCACUAAGGCAUGUUUCAAACGUCGCGCUUCUCAUGUGCCGAACACAUUAGAAACAAUAGAUAAUGAGGUAUUUCAUCUGAUUAUCUAUUGUUUUUAAUGCGUUCGGCACAUGAGAAGCGCAACGUUUGAAACAGGCCUAGACCUCAGUUUACGUCAAAUUGGUCAUUGGAUGUUCCGAUUAUACAAGAAAUGGAUAGGUAUCAUGGUCGUUUCAUCUCCGGCAGAGGCUAUAUUUUCACUUACUAACAAAAUUUGGUUUGAAAUGAAUUGAUCAAUGUACUAAAGUUAACACAAACGACGCGUAGAUAACAGAGACAUGUUUGAAAAUUUCAAUGUUUCCUUAAAUGUUUCCAGGUUUGCCAAACCUUGAAAACAUUGUUUCGUUUUCUAGCAAAACGGACAGAACAUUUAUCAACAAGUUAAGAAAAAUAUUGUGUUUCUCAUGUUGGUUUUCGUUGCCGAAAACAAGGCUGCUUUCUGGUUUCCCCACCUUUGGGAAACAAGAAUAUGGCUAUAGGAUUAGGAAAAGUGUUCCCGUAACAAUUUUCGCAGGGUUUAAUAUAUUGCUCCAGUUAUAAUAUUGAUCUGUAUGGCACAGUUAAAAUAUUUAGUUGCUAACUUGCUAUCCUUAUAUUUUCUGUUCUGUUAAUUAGACAAACCCAACCGCAACACAGCAACCUACCACUCAAACACCAGAACUUGUUACAACACCAGAACCUGUUACAACACCAGAACCUGUUACAACACCAGAACCUGUUACAACACCAGAACUUGUUACAACACCAGAACCUGUUACAACACCAGAACCUGUUACAACACCAGAACCUGUUACAACACCAGAACCUGUUACAACACCAGAACUUGUUACAACACCAGAACCUGUUACAACACCAGAACCUGUUACAACAACAGGACUUGUUACAACACCAGAACCAAACAACAAUCACCAGAACCAACAACUCAAUUUCCUACGAAAAAACCUAAAGGUAGGUUGGUUACAACACCAGAACCUGUUACAACAACAGGACUUGUUACAACACCAGAACCAACAACUCAAUUUCCUACGAAAAAACCUAAAGGUAGGUUGUCAUUUGCCUCCUGAGUACGAUCAUAUACUUUUUUUAAUUAAGCAAAACAGCUAA